AUGCCCUAUCAGCAUUCGACUCAGAAAAGAAAAUUUUUAAGCCUUCCUCCUCAAUUAGCUGCUGAGCUUACCGCACUUGGUCAUAGCGUCACCUCAAAUUCAAACAGCUGGCAGGCGCGUAAGAAUCAGAAAUUAUUCUCCAAAUCCAAGCCAACUCAAAAGAAAUCCUCUUCAAAGAAUCCACCUUCUUCGGCCGAUCGACGGGCUCAAUCUCUAUCAGAGCCGAAAUCCAACAAGAAACGGAAAAUCGAUGAUGAUCCUCAUGAGGUUCCAGAACCUUCAAGCUCCAAACUUGAAUCCCGGACGGCUUUAGAAAAACUGUUGAAUAAACAACAGCAACCUCAGGUAGUCAAAAAAACCAAGGAUCAAACACUCAAAUCGAGAACCAAAGAGGAGCAAUUCGAAGAUCAACAGAUAGCAUGGUUAGAAGCUCAAUUAGGUUUGAAGACUGGCCAGCAAUCAAAAGCCAAGCUACGUCAGGAAUUCCAAGAGGAUGGAUUGGAAGAUUUAUUUGAUGGGCUGGAUGAAUUGGAUCAGCUUGUCGAAAAUCUAAACACUUUGCAGGAUCCAGAUGGCAGGGUCAAUGUAGAUGUAAAUUUGGACGAAGACGCUGCUGAAUUGAGCUCUGAAUCUGGCCACAGCUUGGAUUCGGAAUCUACCUGGCUUGGCUGCGAAGAUAAUGUUGCUGGGGACGAUAACCUAGUUAACCACGACUCGGAUCGAAUAGAAGCAUCUAUGGCACUUAAUCAACCGCAUAAAUUGGGACAGAGUCGAUUUGCAGAAAAGCCGGAUCCACAAGAAUCCGUACUAUCUUCUGAUAAUCUAAAACGUUAUAUACCUCCUCACAUGCGAUCAAAACAGGAGGAAGCACCCAAAGACAUCGGGAAGCCGGACGCACCACCCUUAGACCUUCGUCUAAAGCGUCAAAUGAUGGGGCUCCUCAACCGCGUCUCGCCAACCUCUGUACCCGUCUGUCUUGAAAGCCUACGAGACCUUUACGUAUCACAUCCGAGAGCAGUGAUCACACAUGGGCUGGCCGACCUUAUCCUCGGCUUGAUAUCAUCGAAAGAUUCUCUAAGUCCCGCAUUACUAGUAACCUAUGCCGCUCUGGUCUCUGCAAUUACUCGAGGCGGUGUACAAGUUAGUGGGGUAGAUAUUGGCUGGGCAGCAACUUUUAUUGCUGAACUGGCCUCUAAGAUUUGCGAGAUAUACGACACCGCGGAUCCGAUGAACACUCCCGCAGAAGAAUUUGGAAAGAGUGGUAUCAACCUGCUGGGCUUUCUAUCGCACCUGUAUUUCUUCCAAGUUGUUAGCUGCAUGUUGGUAUACGAUAUCGUUCGAUUGUUGAUUGAAAACGGAUUGAGUGAACAUAGAGUGGAGGGAUUGAUAGUUUUGUUGAAAGCCUCCGGACUGCGUCUCCGUCAUGAUGACCCAUCGGCCCUCAAGGACAUCAUUAUUAUCGUCCAAGGGAGGCGAAAAAAUCUCGAAAACCCCAAUGCCCGAACCAAAUUCAUGCUGGACACCUUGACGGAUUUGAAGAAUAACAAAGUUCGCAAAGAGCCACAAUUGAGCAGUGGGACCCCUGAAGAACUUCAAGAAAAUCUGAAGAAAUAUCUCGGAGGAUUAUCUAAGAAAACAGGCUUGGAUCCAGAACCAAUCCAAUUCAAAUUGAAGGAUUUGCAAGAGGCCCAUGAGAAGGGGAAGUGGUGGCUGAUUGGCGCUGGCUGGAAUGGAAAUCCGUUGGUCGAUGGAAAAAUUCAACUACAAGGCCGAACACAGGAUGCAUCUCCUCAUGAUUCUACCGAUAAGGUAAUGAUGGACUUAGCCAGACGCCAAGGUAUGAACACCGAUGUGCGUCGGAGCAUUUUCAACGCAAUUAUGACUGGAGAGGAUUAUGUCGAUGCGUGUGAGAAGAUUAAUCAGCUAGGACUAAACUCGGUGCAACAAAGAGAGAUUAUUCGAGUUCUUCUGCACUGUCUCGGAAAGGAAAAGAACUAUAACCCAUAUUACACGAUGAUUGGACAAAAAUUAGCAUCUGAAUCUCGAUCGAUCCAGAUCACGAUGCAGUACUUACUCUGGGAUUUCUUCAGAGAGCUCGGUGAAAAGGAGGUCGGGGGUCAGGAAAUGUUAAAAAGCAUGACUCUCGAACAGGACAGCAGUGACGGUCAUUCGGUAGAUCUCAAAAAGCUUCGUUAUCUUGCUUGGGCAUAUGGAUGGUGGAUAGCGAAAGGAUCUCUCCCGAUUACCGUGUUAAAGCCUUUACCGUUUGGAUGUCUCAAACAAAAAACCCAAGAAUUCUUGACCACCUUGAUGAGUUUGAUUUUCCUUUCGAUCCACUCCACUUCACCUACCCUCAUUCCAUCGUCAUCAGCGAUAUCAACCUCGGCUACAUCAUCAUCCACCAAGUCGAUAAAAAUAGACCGCUCAUUGCUCGAAACAAUCUUCAAAAAACUCUUGACUAACUCAAGUCUAUCUCGAUCGUUUCUUGGCUUUUUAGUUGAAGAAACCCAUCAAACUGGAUAUGACUACUUUCUAAACAAGCUCAUCAAGCAACCCCUUACCGAUAGUUCAUCAAACCAUCUUGAUUUUUUUGGCGUAAUGAUCCCUCAGAGUCGGCUUGUUCACUUUCUCAACAUGAUCACCCAAUCCAAGUCUUUACUUGUCGACUUUUUAUCCAACCAACUUUGA